GCCCUUGUUCGGCGGCGCCGCUGUGCCAAACGACACUCAAAUGGACAUUACAUACAACCUUUAAAAGAGCACAGUAAAGAAACUUGUUGCUUUUAGUUUGAGGUGUGUAACUGUCGGCGAAAAUGCCGGCCGCCGCGACACAGCUCCAGCUGAAGGCGAAUUACCGGCCGACGUCCAAGCUACAGGUUUUCUAUACUGGAGGAGCCGCUCGCGUCACAAGGGAUGGGAAGCUGCUCGCCUGUACUUGCACGGAUGAGGUCAAGAUUGUGGACCUGGCCACGGGCGCCGUGGUGCGCACCGUCAAGCCGGACGGCGAGGCGGUGACUGCGCUGGCGCUGAGCCCCGACAGCCGCACCCUAGUGGUGGCCACCCGCUCCCUGUACGUACGGGUGUACGACAUGUACAGCGGCGGCAGCAGCAGCAGCAGCAGCACCGGCAGUGCUGCUACAGCCGACGCAGCCGGCAGUAGCAGCAGCAGCGGCCUGGGCGCGGGCGUGGGGGAGGAGGUGCCGGUGCUGAAGCCGCUGCGGUCGUGGCGUGCACACAAGCUGCCGGUGGCGGACCUGGCGGUGGAUGCAAGUGGGGGCUACGUGGCCACCGCCUCGGCCGACAAGUCCGUCAAGGUGUGGGACCUGGCCGGCGGCUUCUGCACGCACAACUUCAGCGGGGGGCACGAGGGGGUGGUGCUGCGGGUGCUGUUCCACCCCAAGAACAUGCAGCUGUUCUCCGCUGCUGACGACGGCAGCGUGCGGGUGUGGGACCUGGUGGACAAGAGCUGCGUGUACAGCCUCAAGGCGCAUAUGUCGGCGGUGACGGGUCUGGCGCUGUCGCCCGACGGCUGGCUACUGCUGAGCGCGGGGCGAGACAAGGUGGUGGUGGUGUGGGACCUGCGCAGCGGCACCAAGCUGGCCACGGUGCCGGUGUUUGAGGCGGUGGAGGGGCUGGUAGCGCUGCCGCUGGGGGCGCCCUUCCCCGGAGUGACGGCGGAGGCGGCGGCUGCCGUGAUCAAGGGCUCCAAGAAGGCUGUGUACUUUGCGACUGCGGGCGAGAAGGGCGCCAUCAAGCUGUGGCGCUCCGACACUGCGGCGUGUGUGGCGGAGGUGGCACCCGAGGUGGCAGUAGCAGGCAGCGCCGCCUGCGAGCUCACGGACCUGCUGCUACUGCCGCCCGCGGCCGCGGCUACAGCCGGCGGCGCGGCGGGCGGCGCGGCUCGCAGUGUGGGGCUGCUGGCGGCGACGGCGGAUGCUCGGCUGCUGUUCUACACGCCAAAGGAGGUGGCGGGGUCGCGGCAGUUGGUGCUGGCCCGGCAGCUGGUUGGCAACCAGGACCAGGUGACUGACCUGCGCUUCGUGGGCCCCCCCUCCGAGCCCUCCCACAUCGCCGUGUCCACCAACAGCGAGGCGGUGCGGCUGUACUCAUUGGCCAGCCAGUCCUGCGCCGUCAGCCUGGUGGGGCACACUGAUAUCGUGCUGUGCCUGGACGGAGGAGCGCCCAAAGCGGGCCAGCCGGCUCUGCUGGCCUCGGGCGGCAAGGACCAGGGCGUGAGGCUGUGGGCGGCGGGCACCGGGCGCUGCCUGGGGCUGGGGGCGGGGCACGUGGGCGCAGUCAACGGAGUGGCGCUGUCUCGCAGGUCCUACAAGUUCUUGGUGUCGGUGGGCUCUGACAAACUGAUUAAGGUGUGGGACAUAGCGCCCGCCCUGGCGCUGCUGGAGGGAGGGGAGGAGCACGGCGCCGGCGCGGCGACAGUCGGCGAGGCGGACGAGGAGGAGGGGCCCGGCAGCGGCGACCGCAAGUCCAAGAAGCGGAAGACGGACGGCGCCGCCGGCUCCGGCCCUGUGGCGCUCCGCACGCUGGCGGCGGUUGCCGGCCACGACAAGGACAUCAACUGUGUGGCGGUUGCGCCCAACGACCAACUGAUCGCAACCGCCAGCCAGGACAAGACCAUCCGGCUGUGGAGCAUGCCGGACCUGGUCCAGGUCAACGUGCUGCGCGGCCACAAGCGCGGCGUGUGGGCGGUGGAGUUUGCGCCGCUGGAUCGCGCGCUGCUGUCGGCCUCGGGCGACAAGACCAUCAAGCUGUGGUCGCUGGCGGACGGCUCCUGCCUGCGCACGCUGGAGGGACACACGGCCUCAGUGCUGAGGGCCACCUUCGCCACCGCGGGGACGCAGAUUCUGUCUGGCGGCGCGGACGGGCUGGUGAAGCUGUGGAACGUGGCCAGUGGCGAGUGCGUCAAUACCUUUGACCAGCACGAGGACAAGGUGUGGGCGCUGGCUGCGGGCGGCGAGCAGGAGUCGCUGCUGGCCUCGGGCGGCGGCGACGCGCUGGUGUGCCUGUGGGCUGACUGCACCGACUCGGACGCGGCGGCGGCGGCGGCCGCGGAGGAGGAGGCGGCGGAGAAGGAGCAGGCGCUGGAGAACGCGCUGGCGGACUCGGACUUCGCCGCUGCCGCCCGCCUGGCCUUCAGCCUCAAGCACCCCGGCCGCCUGCUGUCCAUCAUCACCCGCGCCGCCACCGCAACAGCCAACUCCGCCGCCGCCAAAGCCGCCGCCGCCGCCGCCGCCUCCGGGUCCGGCUCCGCCGCCACGGGUCCGCUGGGCGUGCUGCUGUCUGGUCUGGUGGGCGCCAUGGGGGACGACGACAUCCGUACGGCGCUGGAAUACUGCCGCGACUGGAACACAAACGCCAAGCACUGCCACGCAUCGCAGGCGCUGCUGGGCGCGGUGCUGCGCGCGCACCCGCCCGACAAGCUGCUGGCCAUCAGCGGGCUGCCGGAGCUGCUGGCAGCGCUGAGCGCCUACAGCGGCCGCCACUUCAGCAGACUGGACAGGCUGGUCCGCUCCACCUAUGUACUGGACUACACACUCGAAUCCAUGGGAGUGCUGGGUAUGGGCGGCGAGGGGCUGGGCGGCGGCAUGGCAGGAUUCGGAGACUUCGGCGCCGUGCCGGACAAAACCGGCAAAACCGCCGCCGCCGCCAACGGCAAAACCGCCAAGGGAAAGGCAGCGGUUGCGGCGGUUGACGUCGACAACGACCCGUACGGCGAGGCAGGCGUUUCGCGGAUCGCGGCGGAGGAGGACGAGGAGGCGGCUAUCCUGGCGCGCCUGGCGGCGGCGCGGCUGCGGGGCGCGAAGAUGGCGGCAGCUGGGCAGAAGCGCGGGCGGGAGGAGGAGGAAGAGGAGGAGGAGGAGGAGGAGGAUGGCGGCAAGGCGGCGGCUGCGAAUGGUGACGAUGCCAGCAGUGAGGAGGGGGAGGAGGAGGAGGACGACGACGAGGAGGAGGGCGAGAGGUUGCCGCAGCAGCGGCGCGGCGGCAAGGCAGCGGCGGCGGCAGCGGGUGCUUCAGACGAGGAGGAGGAGGAGGAGGAGGAGGAGGAGGAGGAGGAUGGAGAGGAGAAGGAGGAGGACGAGGAGGAGGAAGAGGCGCCGGCGCCGGCCAAGGGGCGAGGCGCCGCCUCUGCCACUGUGUCGGGCGACGCGCUGGAAGACGACUUCGACAUUGGGCUGGACGACCUGGCGGGCUUCGAGCCCGCCGAUGAGGAUGAGGAGGAGGGCGAGGAGGAGGACGACGAGGAGGAAGAGGAGGAGGGCGAGGAGGAGGACGACGACGAGGAGGAGGAAGAGGAGGAGGAGCCAGCAGGCCGCAGCGGGCGCGGCGGUGCGGCCGCUGCCAAGGCGGCGGCGACGGCGGCGGCGGCGGAAGAGGAGGAGGACGAGGAGGAGGAGGAGGACGGCGACGAAGAUGAGGAUGAUGAGGAGGAUGAGGAGGAGGGUGUGGGCGAAGGGGAUGAGGGCGAGGAUGAGGAUGAAGACGUGAUCAUGGGCGAUGAGGACGAGGAGGAGGAUGAAGCGGGCGAGGAGGAGGACGACGACGACGACGGCGCCAUUGCCGCCCUGCAGGCCGAGAUCCGGCGCAUGACGCAGCAGGCGGCCGGCGGCAAGGGCGGCGCCAGCAAGGCAGCCACGCCCGCGCCAGCGGCCGGCAAGGGCGGGUUGCAGGGCGCGCGCUCGGUGGGUGGCACGCCCGCGGCCGGCAAGGCGGCGGGCGGCAAGGCGGCGCCCAAGGCGGCGCCCAAAACGGCGCCGGCCAAGGGGCCGCUCUCACGGACAAGCGGCAGCAGCGGUGGCGGCGGCAAGGGUGCGGCGGCCGAGCGGACACCUGCGGCGACGCCGGGCGGAAAGCAGCAGCACAAGCAGCAGCAACAGCCGCAGUCGCGGCCACAGACGCAGCAGAAGCAGAAGCCGCAGCAGACGCCAAACGGCAAGCCGGCAGCAACGCCGGCGGCUGCCGGCGGCAAGGGCCAGACGCCGGCUCCCGCCAAGGCGCAGACGCCGGCGCCUGCGAAGGGCAAGCAACAGCAGCAGCAGAAGCCGGGUGGCGCAAAGAGCGCGCCCACCACACCGGCUGCGAGCAAGGGCGGCAAGGGCGCUGGUGCCGGCGGCAAGGCGCCAUUGACGGGACCCGCGAAGAAGGCUCGCCGCGGUUGAGAGCCUGCCCGCGUUGGGCGCAGCUGAUAUGUGUUUUGGCGUUCGUGCGGUGGCGCUGCUAGCAGGCGCGCUUGUGGUGUGUGGUUGUGUGGCGAGGUGGGAGAGCGAGAGGAGUGAGGUGAGAGGAGUGCGCGCGAGAGUGUAUGCAUGUGCGUGUGUGUGUGUGUGUGUGUGUGUGUGUGUCGCCGCGUGCGUGCGCGAGGACUGAAGAGCGAUGCAAUGGGGCUAUGUUAUGUGUAGUAGGAAGCUCUGGUGCAUGGCAGGACAGGUCGCCCGGUGGCAGCAACAUGCCUUGGGCUAGGGACCCCUGGCCUUCAGGGCUAUGCAGGGCUUUUCAACAGGAGCAGGUCGCCACGUUUGGGAGAAAUACGGAAUGCGGCGACUCCGCGAUUGCGGCCGCGUGACAGGCCAUGGCGGGAAGGGCUGCUGCUACUUGGGUACUGUGCGGUGCGGUGGGCUCGGGAUGAGGAGCGCAGGAUGCACAAAAGUUUCUACUGCCGCUGCAACUGCUGCGGUUGUCGCUGGACGGCUUAGCGGACCAAGAAACACGCACUGACGCAUAUCUGGCUGCGCUGCUUCAGAGCAGUCACGUAGCUAUUGUAAGGGGAUGUGACG